CUAUCUCUGAUGACCUUAGAGAAAGAAGAAAUUGCGCUCCAAACACGCAAGGCGCACGUUAGCCUUCACCCCCCCGCCCCUCUUCUCACACAUCUUACACUUUUACGACAUAACGCAGACCCUCUCUCUCUCUCUCUCUCUCUCUCUCUCUCUCCCCCCGACUCUGUCACCCUCUCUCUCUCUCAGAGAAAAUUCUCCCAAUUUUUUUUUUCUUUUUAAAAAAUCCAAUCUUGUUUUUAUUAUUUCCUAUUUCUCUAUAAUUACGUACUGCAAUUUAUUUGUAUAGAACUGUUUUAUAUAUUAUACUCUCUCUCUCUCUGCGCGCUCUGAAAGUAGUUAGAGAAAGAGCGAAGAGAUCCCUAUUCUCACAGGGUCCAUCAAUUCGAUCAAUUUCUCUGACAUUCUCUCUGGGCUCUCUCUUUUCUCUCGUAAAUUCGCGUUUCUUUGUGUAUGUUUCGGGAAAAUAGAGGCUUUCAGACCCUACAGUUUGCAAAUACUCUGUUUCUCGCGAAAUUAGGGUUUAUGGGUGUUUUCGGGAUUGGGGGUUUGACGUGAAAUUCAAGGGCAAUUCGAAUUUAGAAUCGUGUGUGCUCGACGUCUUUCUUCGCGAGACACAAUGAUAAUCAAGCGGAAUUUGAAAUCCCAAAUGCCGAGUCUGAAACGGAGCAAACUCGGCGAUUCGGCGGGUGAGGACGAUGACAACUCGGCCGUGUCUCGGAAGAAGAGGAAGACCAACACCAAGAAUGGAUAUUACCCUCUCAAUCUUCUCGGCGAAGUCGCCGCCGGCAUAAUCCCCGUGAGCUUCAGAGGGAUUCUCAGCUCCGAGAAGGGCUUCGCUGCCUCGUGGUGUACCGAAUUGUCGUGCUCCCCCGGCGAGGUCGAGUCGAAAACGAAGGGCCGUGAUUCGACGAGAGCUAAGGCGAAGAGUGAUCGUGCGGUUGCGGCGGCGGAGGUUCCACGGCCGCCGCUGGUGAGAACGUCUCGGGGCCGAGUCCAGGUACUUCCUUCACGGUUUAACGAUUCGGUUAUUGAGAAUUGGAGGAAAGACAGCAAGACUAGCUUGCGUGAUUAUAGUUUUGAUGAGGAUGCUGAAUGCAAAAAAGAUAAAUUUAGCUUUAGAACGCCAAAAACCGGUUUGAAAAAAGAUCGGAACGACGAGAAAACUGGAUUCAAGUGUAGGAAAUAUGUGACAUUAUGUGAAGAAGAGGAGGGGGAGGAAGAAGGGUAUCUGGAGUUUAGGAAUUUCAAUAAUGUUAGGAAGUAUUCGAGCUCACGGAGCACACUGACAUCGCUGAAUGAGCAGUUGGGGGAAGAUGAGAAGUGCCCGGUUGAGGAAAUCGAGGAACAGGUUGAGUUUUUGGAGAAUGGUGAGAGGAAACACGGGUUGUAUGGGCCGGAAGACUUCUAUUCGGGUGACAUAGUGUGGGCAAAGCCGGGGAAGAAGGAGCCUCAUUGGCCUGCCAUUGUAAUUGAUCCAAUGAGACAAGCGCCUGAAUUGGUUUUGAGGUCUUGCAUACCUGAUGCGGCUUGUGUAAUGUUUUUCGGGUACUCUGGAAAUGAGAAUCAACGGGAUUAUGCAUGGGUCAAGCGUGGGAUGAUUUUUCCAUUCAUGGAUUAUGUAGACAGGUUCCAGGAGCAGUCCGAAUUGAAUGGCUGCAAGCCGUGUGAAUUUCAGAUGGCAAUAGAGGAGGCGCUUUUGGCAGAAAAUGGGUUUACAGAGAAGUUGAUGGCAGAUAUAAACAUUGCGGCAGGGAACACAACCUGUGAUGAAUCUAUUCAGCUUAGGGGGAUUCAAGAGGCUACUGGUUCAAACCAGGAUCCAGACCAGGAUGUAUUUGGAAAGAAGAAAGAGUCACGACCCUGUGAAGGUUGUGGUGUGAGCCUUCCUUUCAAAAUGACAAAGAAAAUUAAGAUUGCGACUCCUGGAGGCCAAUUUUUAUGUAAAACAUGUGCCAGGUUAACAAAAUCAAAACAUUAUUGUGGCAUAUGCAAGAAGAUUUGGAAUCAUUCGGACAGUGGAAGUUGGGUACGCUGCGAUGGUUGUAAAGUGUGGGUGCAUGUGGAGUGCGACAAAAUUUCCAACAACCUUUUUAAGAAUCUGGGGGGCACUGACUAUUACUGCCCAACCUGCAAAGCGAAGUUUGAUUUUGAACUAUCGGAUUCAGAAAAGCCACAGCUAAAAGUCAAUUAUUGUUACAGAUGGAACCAAAACAGUGGUCAAUUGGUGCUGCCUAACAAGGUUACUGUGUUCUGCAAUGACGUGGAAGGCGUAUAUUUUCCAAGUCUGCACUUAGUUGUCUGCAAGUGUGGGUCCUGUGGGACAGAAAAGCAAGCACUUAGUGACUGGGUAAAACAUACGGGCUCCAAAUUUAAAAAUUGGAGGACUAGUGUUAGGGUGAAAGAUUCCAUGCUGCCACUGGAACAAUGGAUGUUGCAAUUAGCAGAUUAUCACGAAAAUGCUCUUGUUUCUGUAAGACCUCCUAAAAAACCUUCCAUAAAAGAACGAAAGCAGAAGUUGCUUACUUUUUUGCAAGAGAAGUACGAACCUGUUUAUGCUAAGUGGACAACAGAGCGAUGUGCUGUAUGUAGAUGGGUUGAAGAUUGGGACUAUAACAAAAUUAUCAUCUGCAUCAGAUGUCAAAUAGCCGUUCAUCAAGAAUGUUAUGGAGCAAGAAAUGUCCGAGAUUUCACUUCAUGGGUUUGCAAAGCAUGUGAAACACCCGAAAUCAAGCGGGAGUGCUGCCUUUGUCCUGUGAAAGGAGGUGCUCUAAAGCCGACCGAUGUUGACACAUUGUGGGUUCAUGUCACAUGUGCUUGGUUUCGACCUGAAGUUUCUUUUGCCAGUGAUGAAAAGAUGGAGCCAGCUCUUGGGAUCUUGAGUAUACCAUCCAAUUCAUUUGUGAAGAUUUGUGUUAUUUGCAAGCAAAUUCAUGGCUCAUGCACGCAAUGUUGCAAGUGUUCCACUUAUUUCCAUGCCAUGUGUGCAUCAAGAGCGGGGUAUCGCAUGGAGUUGCACUGCUUGGAGAAAAAUGGUAGACAGAUCACUAAGAUGGUUUCUUAUUGCGCCUAUCACAGGGCACCAAAUCCAGAUACAGUCUUGAUUGUACAAACUCCUCAUGGGGUAUUUUCUGCCAAAAGCCUUCUCCAAAAUAAAAAGAAGGCUGGGUCAAGGUUAAUUUCUUCUAACAGAGCAAAGAUCGAAGAGAUACCGACAGAAGAAACUACCGAGCUUGAGCCAUUCUCAGCUGCGCGGUGUCGGAUCUUUAAAAGAUUGAACGAUAACAAGAAGAGAACGGAAGAUGGAGCUGUUUCCCACCGGGUGAUGGGUCACUGUCAUCAUCCUUUAGGAGCAAUACAAAGUUUAAAUGCCUUCAGAGUAGUAGAGGUGCCUAAAACUUUUUCUUCUUUCCGGGAACGGCUCAACCACUUACAGAGGACCGAAAAUGAUAGGGUUUGCUUUGGUAGAUCUGGCAUACAUGGAUGGGGGCUUUUUGCACGCAGAAACAUUCAAGAAGGAGACAUGGUUCUUGAAUAUCGUGGUGAACAAGUUAGGCGUAGUAUUGCAGAUUUGAGGGAGGCGCGCUACAGAUUCGAAGGCAAAGACUGCUAUCUCUUUAAGAUCAGCGAAGAGGUAGUGGUGGAUGCCACAGAUAAAGGAAAUAUAGCACGACUAAUUAACCAUUCGUGUAUGCCCAAUUGCUAUGCGAGAAUCAUGAGUGUGGGUGAUGAUGAAAGCCGGAUUGUACUUAUUGCCAAGACUAAUGUAACUGCUGGUGACGAGCUAACGUAUGAUUACUUGUUUGAUCCUGAUGAGCCUGACGAGUUUAAAGUUCCUUGUUUAUGUAAAGCUCCAAACUGCCGGAAAUUCAUGAAUUAGGACACAGCAUAGCCAUUGUUUCUCCGCAAGGAACACUAACCCGUCCCCCUCUCAUGGGACCUCACAGUUAUACCAAAUUUGUAAUUUUUUAGAGCAAAAAAAGAAAAAGAAAAGGCAUAAUGUAUUAUUCUCUCUGUUUUCCUUUUCUUUUGACAAAUUUUAAAGCUUAAUAAAAGCUUUAGAUCUGCCGGCCUUUUGGCUUUUGGCUUUUGUGUAAAUUUGUUCACUCAUAUUUCAUCCUUCUAAUUCAAUGCUAACCCAUUUAUUCA